UGAAAGUCUGCCCACUGAACAGUAUACCGGAGGAGCAAGACACUUCAAAAAACCCAAAAUGCCGGGCUGGGAAGUCUACUCGGGCCUAACACUCGCCACUUACGAUCUUCUCGUUCACUGGUUCAAUGACAAUUAUGUAUGGCGAUGUCCCUUGCCAGUUCUUAGUGCCUUUUUUGCAGCAAAUGCCGGACCUCGCCAUAUGGACAUUGGUGUCGGUACUGGGCUCUUCCCUGCAAAACAUCGCGACCAGAUGCGGCAGAGACACCAAGAGUGGCCUCAGAAAUUGGCUCUGGUCGACAUGAACCCUUCCUGCCUGCAGAAGGCUGCCGCGCGCAUCGACUGUCCGAGCAAGACCGAAUGUGUACGGGCUAGUGUUUUCGAGCCAAUCACCAUUCCAGCCGGGCAAGGACCCCUUGGUGCAUCACCCAAAUUUGACUCCAUAUCUAUGAUGUACCUGCUGCAUUGUCUACCUCCGCCAACCGAUCAAAAGGCGACUGUGUUUGCGCACUUAAAACACCACUUGACUCCGGAAGGGACUCUGUUUGGUGCCACGAUCUUAGGUUAUGGCGCACAGCAUAAUCUGCUAGGGCGUCUGACCAUGCGCCUCUACAACUGGAAAGGCAUAUUUGGAAAUACGGAUGACAGCCCGGAGGUAUUUGUCAAGGCAUUGGAAAAUGAAUUCGAGGAGGUCGAGACCCAUAUUGUAGGAGUGGUGCUACUCUUUCGGGCUCGCAGACCCCGGUUGGCUUGAAUAACUUGGUUGUAGGGCUCUGAAGUGUCUCAUGUGCUUUACAUUGAGGGUCCUGACAAUCAAAAUCUCGCAAGGGAGACCUGCAUACUAUUACACUUUGGUUUCUAUUCGCUCAGGCCUGGAUAGUGCAUCAGGAAUUCCGGGAUGUAUUGUUUUGUUUUUCAUACGAUUUUGUGUCCCUGAGGUUCCGAUUAGCUCCCAAUUUUCGUGCAACAUUAGUAAACGAACAUUAGCCGUCGUUCGAAGAAAUCCA